ACAUUUGGUGCGACUUUAUGAUUGACCUGGAAUGUGUGCUAUUUAGCGUAUGCUAGCAUUUGCGCCUGUGCUUAAUAGAGUGUGUUUAUGAAAAUCAUAAUCUUAACCUUAUUUUCAACAAUGUUUUUUUUCGGUAGUAUUUUUUACAUAACAUUUAAAAUCCGUUCCUCUCAGGAAGUGUAACUAGAGAAUAAGAAAAAUAAAUCAUUCACCAUGUCCCAAGAAAAAAUUGAACAGGCAAAGUUACUUUUAACCAUAAUAAAAUUCAAGUACCAAAAAUACCACCCAUAUUGGUUCAUAUUUUAUAUGUAUGUAUUGUAUUUACGAACUAUCAAAAGAAAUGUGAAAUACACUUUGACACCUUUAGCAGUUGAAGAUAUUAUAAAAAUUGUAAAUGUUAAAAGUCCCUUAAGAGACAUAAAUAAUACUGUUAUAGUAAACAGUGAUAAUAUUUACAAAAGUGAUAAAAUUUUAAAAUUAUAUUGCGAUAAAACUAAAUCAAGUAGGAAUGUAUACCCAGUACCAAAUGAAAAUUGUGAUAAAAACAAACUUUUCAUAUCCGAUACUUUUUACAAUAAUUUAUUGAAUCAAAAUUUCAUAGGCUCUGUAAGACUAUUAAACAAUAUUAACUGUAUUAAAGUUGCUGAUGAAAUUAGCAUAUCUUUAGUAUGUUCGCAACAUGAAAUCAGCAACUCUUUAUUGGAUUCUUUAUUAGAGAGGUAUUUCAGGAAACCAAAACUAAUAAGAAAAUAUGAUAUAAUUGAAAUUGAUAUUAAAUACUUUGCAGAACCUUUAUCUUUAUUAAAUAGUAGUGUAAACAGUGUACAUAGUAUUUUCUUGAAAUGUAACAAUGUUAGUUAUAAUAAUAAUUAUGUUGAUGGCUGUUAUUACUGUGUUUGGGGCGAAACUGCAAUUAAACAAAGUGUUAACAUACAAAGUUUUGUACCAAAGAGAACAAGAAAGUUGAUAAAAAGUAUUAAUAGAGGUUUCAAAACAUUACCCAUUUGCCCUUAUGGUUUACAAGAAUAUUUUGAUGAAAUUGAAUUGGCCAUAAAACCAUUUUUAAGAAAAUCAAAGUUAUCAUUACAACCAACGUUUCUACUGGUUGGAGAUAGAGGAUGUGGAGAAGACAUUAUUUUAUCUUCCCUUGCGUCACAUUUUGGCAUGCAUCAUUACAGGAUUGAAAAUUACGAGUUAAUGGCGAACAUUUUUGCUCAAAAUGAGACUAAGUUACAUAAUUGUUUCUUCAAUGCAAAGGCAGCAGCACCAUGCAUAAUCUCUAUGCAUAAUUUUGAGAAUUUUGGCAAGAACAAUGAUGGUCAAUAUGAUGAACGUCUUAUUGGUCAUUUUUCAGAUGAAUUGAAAUUUUUAUUUGAAAAUAACUCUUAUCCAAUUAUACUGUUUUGCUGCAGUAAUCAAAAAGAUAUUCCUGUAAAUUUAAAACACCUAUUUUUACAAACUUUUGAAAUAAAGACAUCAACAGAUAUACAAAGAGAACUAAAUUUAAAAUGGAUUUGUGAAGAAAAAGAUGAAAUAACUGACCUUGAUUUUCAUGACUUGGCCAAUAAAACUCAUGGAUUUGUCUUCGAAGAUCUUAAAGCAUUGGUUUAUCAUGCAGACAAAACCUCUCAAUGCUCAAAUAAUUGUAAAAUAAUCAAUAUGGAAAGUUUCAUUGAAGCAAUUGAUUACAUGCAAAGAAAUUAUAAUGAAAGUAUAGGAGCUCCCAAAGUACCCAAAGUGCUGUGGUCUGAUGUGGGCGGUUUGAAUGACGUGAAACAAGAAAUAAAUAAAAUUAUAAAUUUACCACUGAAACAUCCAGAAAUAUUCAGAAAAACAGGUUUAAAAAGAUCGGGAAUUCUUUUUUUUGGACCUCCAGGCACGGGAAAAACAUUGAUUGCAAAAGCCGUUGCAACAGAAUGUAAUAUAUGUUUUCUUUCAGUGAAGGGUCCAGAACUGUUAAAUAUGUAUGUAGGUCAGUCAGAAAAAAAUAUUAGAGAAGUUUUCAAAAGAGCCCGAGAGGCAUCACCUUGUAUAAUAUUCUUCGAUGAAUUAGAUUCCUUAGCACCCAAUAGGGGAAAAUCUGGUGAUUCAGGCGGAGUUAUGGACCGCGUUGUGUCACAACUUCUAGCUGAAAUGGAUGGAUUGAAUGAUUCAGCGACAAUUUUUAUUAUCGGAGCUACUAACAGACCUGAUCUAAUAGAUCCAGCAUUAUUGAGACCUGGACGUUUUGAUAAAUUAUUAUAUAUUGGACCUUGUACAGAUGAAGCCUCAAAAAUAUCUGUAUUAAAAGCACUUACUAGAAAAUUCAAAUUGAGUUGUGAUGUAGAUCUCUCAGCAGUGGUCAAAAUUUGUCCAAAAAAUAUAACAGGUGCUGAUUUUUAUGGUAUUUGUUCACAAGCUUGGCUUUUUGCCACAAGAAGACUCAUUAAGAGAAUAGAAAUUGGUGAAAUAUCUGCAGAUUUUACAAAUUCUGAAGAUGUUAUUGUGAAUUUUGAUGAUUUUAAGAACGCUAUGGUUAACGUUAAACCAUCAAUUAGCUCAGAAGAUAUGAUAUAUUUCGAAAAAUUGAAAUUAGAGAUGAGUUCAAAGUCAUAAAAUAAUUAUUGAUGGGUUAAUAAUUAUCUAUGGUGAAUUCCACACUUCAAAUAGUUACUCAAACCUCAAAAAUGCUGGUUACUGUUUCAUUUUAAUAUCUUUCAGUGACUCAAGCUUGUUAAUUUCAAAAUUAAUUCUGAUAAAAUUUUGAACAUAAUUCAAAGUUGGGAAAUUCUUGUAUUAAAUAUUUCAUUAGUGAUUUAGAUAGAAAUAGUUAUCUCCUAGCUCUCUCUAUCCCAUUUCGUGUUUACUGUGGUUCCGAAAUAUGUGUAUGUUUCUACCUGAUCUAUGUCUUGACCUUUCAUCGUUAGACGCACUGAGGAUGUUGGUUUUUGCUAAAAAUUAUAUGAUUUGUUUUUGAUAUAUUCUUCACUUGCUGCAUAUAUUUUUUGUUUGACUAAGAGCUCGACGCAUUUUUAAGGUCAAAAUAAGGUUCCAAGUUAUUAGCUUUAACAUAAAAUACAAAAAUGUAUUUCAAUGUACUUAAACGUUUUAUUUCCUAACUAGCUGACGGGGCAAACGUUAUGUUUGAAAAACUUGUUGGCGUUGUUGGUCACUUCCCCUACGUCUUUUGACUACGAAUCUGUGAGUUUCUCUUCGCUCUAAUUGUCCCUGUUAAUUCCGUUCAUCUCGUGUCUCUUGCGAUUGUGAUUCACGUAUCUACGCCGUGCUCACAUGCGCAUCUACAUUAUUUUGUUGGAUUUGUUUACCUGAUCUUCGUGCUCUUAUAUCUUACAUGACUUUAGAUUAUUUGCUUGUUCGACGACUUAAAUUAGCCCCUUGAUGGCAUUGCUGACUAUACAUAUAACCUGUAAAUAAAUCGAGUUAAAAUAUUUAUUUGUGAAAAACAGUGACUUAAUAUUGUAUUCGUUUUAUUAUUAUUUGAUUUACCUUUGACAAUAAUAAAUCACGUAUAUUUAUGAAAUAUGUACACGUUUCUGUUUUGAUUUGAAACUAUUUGUAAAAAAUACGUGUUGUACGAUAUGUACAUGUACCAUUGUUGGCGGUAGCUCACAACUCGUGUUUAUUUACAUGAGAAUAAGAACUGUCUUUUCAGUUAUUAAUUGUUAAUAAAUAAUAAUUGCUCUUAAUAUUAAUGAUAAAUUUAUGAUGAGAGUAAAAUUUACAUUAGUGUUGCACAGAAAAAUUAAAAUGAUAUGUAUAACAGUCACUGCUACGAUCGAUACACAAAUAAAACAAAAAAAUGGCCAAAAGCUGUAUAGUGAUUAAGACAGGAGACCGGCUCCGUUCUUAUCCCUACUCCGUAUUGUUUGCUGGGUGAGAGGUGAGAAUGGUAGACACCUGGCAAGGAUAUCUGAUCGAUUGAUAGUUGAUCAGUUGUCGACCGUCAAUUGUGAAAUAUACAUAAUUAUAGGAAUUUAAAAUUCUAAAUAAGAAUUUGCCUAACUACAAUUAUUAUAUUCGAUUGACAUCUUGCAUCUCUAUUGCGGAUCUGUGAAUAAAAUAAAAAAAGUAAAAAUUGCGAUGGAAAAAUUAGGAGUAAUAUGAAUUUUUUAUUCUUAGUCAUGACAAAAUAAAAAUAAAAACUUGCCAAAAAAAUUUUAAUUUUAUAAUUAACAAAUUAAAAAUAAGGGUUGUUAGUAGAAGGGUAAGAAUUUAGGGUUGUAUGUAUUCUUAAAUGCUGUAUUAUAAAAAAUAACGAAAAAUUUCAUCUAAAAAUGAAAAAAUUAGAGGUGGACCAACCUUAACAUUUAGGGGUUUGAAAAAUAGAUGCUUGCCGAUUCUGAGACCUACUGAUUAUGCAUAUAAAAUUUCAUAAAAAUCGAUCAAGGCAUUUCGAAGGUAUGGUAACGAACAUUGUGACACGAGAAUUUUAUAUAUAAGAUAUAUAAGACUAUCCAACACAAAAAGAAUUUUUCAAUUCGAACCAGUAGUUCUUGAGAUUAGCGCGUUCAAACUCUUCACGUUGAUAUUAGUAUAUAGACGUUUAUAACGGUCAAAUGAUUAAAUUCUGUUAACUUUGGACUUCACUAUAGUUGUUAUUUGUUUUUGACGACAUCGAAGUAUUUUUAUAUAGUGAACGAAAAGGGAAGAGAUAUUUUCUUACUUAAACUCACUCUUAUAAAUUUGAAUAAUAUAUGGGUGGUGUAGAAAAGAUUAUAUAAAGGUGAAAACUUUUUAUUGGGAAUUAUAAAAUAUUUCUAUUCAGUUUCAUAAUAUUGGACGAAUCACUAACUGUCAUAUAUAAUUUUUUUACCUUCAAAAAUACAGUAUCCUUUUAGAUUGGAGACAUCUUAGAUACACAACAUUAAAAAGGAUUUGGUCAACAAAUCUAAUAAGAAAGAGAUGUUCAUAUUUUGAGUUUUUAACCAGUUUGAUUAUUAUUUAUAUUGUUUUGAGGUCUUUUCAGUUUAUAUCAGCUAAUAAUAAUUUUGGAUUUUUUAACUUAUUCGCCCAGUAUAUUGAUAUUAUUAUCAAACGAGUUUUGCUAAAUGUCGAUGUUAAUUAAAAAAAUUAAAUUUCUUUUUUAUUUAGCAAUUCGUAAAAAGCCCAAUGUUUGGAAGAUUCGUCAUAACGAUUAUUUCUACUUAGUUGACAGAAAUUUUGAUUCCUAUAAAUAUUGUUGCUGACGUAUUUAUCAUAGAAGGAAGACAACCACCAUUUCUACUAUAGCUGUCUUUUUAAAAUCAUACUUAUAUAUUUUUUCAAGAUUAAAGCUAAAUUUUCUCAAUUUAAUAAUAAAAAUGAUGGAAUAUUGUAUAUUUAAAAAAUAUUGAGAAACCACGAAUAUAAAUCUUGUUCCAGUUAUUCUUAAUAGUUAUUUUUCAAUAAAAUUUCACUAAGUCAUUUUCAUUGAUUGGUUAAAAUUCACAUUUGGCAACUAAAUAACAAUUUAUUUAAAACUGAAUAAGCAUCGAAUUUACAAUGGAUCGAAGGGAUAGACAACAAUAGUGAAAAAUAUCCAAAAUUCUGGGAUUUACAAACAACAAACUUCAUAUAAAAACUCAUGGGAACCUGAGAGUCUUCAUUCUAUGAUUUCAUUAAAAUGAUUAUGUUCUAUUAUUAACAUUAUUAAAUAGAUUUGUGAUAUAUUUGAAAAACUACUUGGCUAUAUACAUUUCCAGUAAUAAAUAUGUUUUUAAAUAA